UGAACAGUGAACUGUCACUGUCUGUCAUCUAUAAUUUCGGCAUUUUUUUGUUUUGGUUUGUUUUGUUUACUUUUUUUAUUAUAAUACUUUUUUCAUAUUUUAAUUUAAAAUGGUUGACGACAUCCGAAAAUGUUGUCGAAUAUGUUUAGACUCUGAAUCCGAUCACGUACCCGUAUUAGGCGACCCUACAAUUUACUUGCACAUCAGGUCUUGUCUUGAUAUAACGAUUUCUCAAAAUGAUGAACUUCCUAAAGUUAUUUGUCGGCGUUGUGUAUCUCAACUGAGCGAUUUCUACAACUUUCAAUUGAACGCACGCUGUUCUCAAGAUUGGUUGGAAACGUCUAUCCAGGAGAAAUCGAAAAAACCAGCAGAGAAAACUCAGUUACAGCCUCUCCCAGACUCUGAGUACAACUCCGAUUCGCUUUUGGAAUUCUUGAACAACACAGCGAAUAUAGAAGAAUAUUUAAAUAACUUAGGUAAGGAAGAUAUCCCAUCUAUAGUGAAUUUACUUGAUCGAAAUGUGAAUGAGUUGGAUGUACCAAACAAAUCUUGUAGUGGUAAACAAAAAAAAAUGCCGACACCUAAGAAAAAAGAAACAAAAUCGAACUGUGUAAAAAUGGAAAUAGAUGUUUUAGAUUCUGACAUGGAAAUUGUUAAAGAGAUAUUAAUGAAAGAAACUGAACCAAAAUGUAAAAUGAAGAGCACAGAUAAAAAUCAGUUUGUAUGCUUUGGUUGUAAAAUAAAGUUUGAUAAUGUUCACAAACUGUCACAACAUGUUAGUGUGUGUGAUACUGCCACACGCACAUGUAUACAUUGCAAUUUAUUGUUUGAUUCAAAACAAAAAAUGUUUCAACAUUCUAUUGUGCACAAUGCUACACAUACUUGCAACUGUGGAAAAGAGUUUUCAAGUAAAGAAAAAUUGUUAUUGCACCAUAAAACAUGUCUAAUUGACUAUGGAGCUUUUAUGGGAUGUGUUUAUCGUUGUAAGCAGUGUGGACAAACAUACAAUGAAAGGUUUCAAUUAUACAAGCAUGUAAAAGAGCAUAUUGUAAAAUCAGAUGAGAGGAUUUGUGAUAUUUGCGGUCACAAAUUCAUCGGUACGGAAGCAUUGUCGAAACAUAAAAAAGAAACACAUAACACAGGAGACUUGUAUAGAUGUAAAGUCUGUAAGCUAACAUCAGCAGAUCGCAAGGAGAUAUACCUCCAUGUUCAAAAACACACAGCCAUCCCAGAACCCAGGCGCCAUCUGUGUGAAUCAUGCGGUCGCAGUUUUGCGACGCGGGUAACGUUGGCACGACAUUCGUUACAACAUGAAAAAUUAAAGGACUCCGCAUGUAGGGUUUGUGGUAAAACAUUUAGUAAUAUUAAAUCCAAAGACCAACAUACAUGUGAACAUGUUAAUUUGGUGAUGUGCGACCGAUGUGGUCAAAAUGUUGACAGUUUUAAAUUGAAUAUGCAUAAAUGUGUUUAAUAAAUUUUCUAUUAGUUUACGAACCCAUAUUACAAUGGUAUAUUUGUUCACAUGCUCUCACGUUCAAGGACAUCUUUUUGUAAAAGCAAUAUGGAAUAAAUUUGAUGUACCAAAACACAUUUUGUCCUAUAACUUUAGCGUUUUGCCCAAGUCUUUUUAUGUGAAUUAUAAUACUUGUUGAUUUUAAUAAUACUAAUAUUUCAACCUACUUUUGUAUAUUUGCAAAUUUUGAAACAAUUCAGAUAUUUUGUUUUUUUAUUGAAAAGUUUUAUUCCUAUGUUGGUGCUAUACUAAUUGUAACCACAUUCAAGAUUUGUGUUUAGGAAAAAAAAUCUUAAGUUACUCUUAAUAUCAUUGCACUGUAUUUUGAUUGGGGUUGAUUGUUUUUUAAUAUUAUAAUAUGUAAAAUUAUUUCUCAUUUUUGUUUAACAAAAUAAAAAUUAUGUCUGUUUUUAUUUUCUACAAUACAACCUAUAUUAUUUUACUUUA